UUCACAUCGAAGCACACACAUAAUAAAGACACGCUGUUUAAUAUUAUGACGGUCACACGAGGCCCUGUAUGGACUGCAGUUGCCUAUGAAAGCCAUAGUGACAACGGCGUAUUACGCAGAGACGCAGGAUUGUUUGUCAGGGCAUCGCGUACUAGUCGACUGUACGUUCACAUCGAAGAAUACACAUAAUAAGGACACGCUGUUUAAUAUUAUGACCGUCACACGAGGCCCUGUAUGGACUGCAGUUGCCUAUGAAAGCCGUAGUGAUAACGGCGAAUUACGCAGAGACGCAGGAUUCUUUGUCAGGGCAACGCGAACCAGUCGAUUGUAUCUUCACACCAGCACCUUGGAAAAUUAGGACAGGCUGUUGACUACCACUACCGUCACACGAGGCCGCCGCAUGGGCCGUGCGUGGCUUGUAAAAGCUAUAGUGACAACCGUAAAUAAUCACGAAUGGGGCCGGUAGCAAAUCGUUUUGCGAGGCGAACUCGCUUUGAGGCCUUGAAAUGAGAGAAAGAACAGUGCUGAACCUUUAAUAUAUGCAUGAUAAUAUAUACUCAUCAACAGUUGUCGGCACCAAAAGUAGUUCCCACCUAACCACCAUGCAUUGCAUGCAUUGCUAAGGCGACCAGCCCCGUAGCCAGCUGCCAGGCUUAUAACCUGGGAAUAGCCUGGGCUGGCAGCUGCACUGUCUCUCGCUCUGUUAUCGAGUCACCUAGUGUAAAAAAAAAACUGAGCCUCUGUCGCUUUCUGCUCGAGACACACAUACAUGAACACGCACCGUCCGCCACUCACCAAUCUAGACACGCACUCUUCCACGGCACUAGAAAACAGAGUGUCUCGGUUGGGCAGCGGUGCGCGUGUGUAUGUCUGUGUGUGUAGAAUUCAAUCAUGGACCACCUCUCUUAGCUGAGAGGAGCUGCUGAGAGAGUUGGGGAGAGUGAUGUGUCGACACAGACUUGGGGUGCGUGUUCUGUGUGGUUCAUUCAGUGUCCAGAGACAUCUCGUGAGUAACUCAUUCAUAAUCGAUAACGCGAAGCACUCACGUUCACCCAAGUCACUCUCGCGUCGACCACACACUCAGACACCGUCUCCGUCCUUUCACACAGCAGCAAACCAGCCGCUCGGGUAAGUCCUCCUUUCUUGUGUGGCCUUUCUUUCCCUCUGCCCAAUAAUGAGAAAACAGAAAGCAACGAAAACGACCAAGGAGCGAGCAGCCGCCAAAUGAUUCCAUCCAGCAGAGUGCGUGGGUCUCUGACAGCCUGAAGGUGAGGUUGCAGUUAGUGCCCAUCCACAAGUGCUGUCGAACAUACUAAACACGAAACACACACCCACUUUGGCCGGGCUGGCGGUCAAAGAGUACAGCAGCCAGCACGUACGGGUACCUCGUGUGGUAUCGGCUGUGUCCGCAAAUCUGCCUGCCUGCCUGCCUGCCUGCCAGUCACCGACCACACGAGACACAGAUCAGGUAGAAGGUACACACCAUGGGCAGGCACACGUACGUAUGCAGUAGAAGGAAGUCUGUUACAAAUAGCAGUCAUGGUGUAAGUCCGCAUGGAAACAAACCUGCACACACAUGGAAACAACCAGCGCCCUGCCCUUACGCACCCGUCGAUCUACCGUUCUUAUCCAGGCAUUAUUCCACGCUUGGAACCGUGGAACGUUACUCAAGCAGACGGCCCUACCUCAAUCAAACCGACCAGCGACGAAAAACAGCGGCGGAAAGAGCAGUGCUCCUGCACAGUGUCGGAGUAGGAGAGAGGGGUCGACUCCAGAUCAGAAGAGACAGUGUGUGCUCAUGUGUGUGCCUGAGUGAGUGGGUGGGUAACUGGGUGCCCACCGUGUCGCGGGCCGCUCAGCCAAACCGCCGGAUGACAGAAGGAAGCCAAGCCUGUAGAUGAACAAUAAAAGGUGGACCAACAAUGUGAAGCUAGUCAGUUAGUCAGUCAGUCAGUCAGUCCCCGCGGAUGCACCGGGUCGCCCUUCCUUUGUGUGUUCGUGGUGCGCAAUAAUGUGUGUCUUGGCGGUCGGGUGAGGUGUGGUGUGGUGUGGAGCGGGCCGCAUCCAAAACCGCCAAAGCAGGAGAGAGAGGGGCAGUGAGUGAGUCUGUGGAUGCCUGCAGUAAGUAAGGUAAGCCCAUACAUCCAUAUACAGCACAUGGUGAGUGGAGUGAGUAAGUCGAAUGAAUCAAACGUGGACCAAAAAUACAAUAAAUACGCAGUCAGUCAGUAGUAGCAAGUCGACAUGGAUGCACACACACAUCUCACGCACUGCACCCACCCGCACUCACCCAGGCCCCUGACCGACACCAUCCAUCCAUCCACCCACCCUCCACCAACCGACCUCCCGCCCCCGACAAGCACCACCACCACCACCACCACCACCACCAACCGAUUGUUUCGGUCAACGAGAACACCGCCGACGCACAUAAGAAGUAGACAGACGGGGAGUUGACAGCGACACACCACACCCACGCACACGAACGAAAAGGGAGUGUCCGCACCAUACGGAAGGACGAAAAGAAAAGGAGAAAGCAGCGUCCGCACCAUACGGAAGGACGAAAAGAAAAGGAGAAAACAGCAUAGUCACCACCAUACGGAGGGACAAAAAGAAUAGGCCGAGUAGGGCUGAUGACUCAAAAGCAAUACAAUACACUAAUUCAGUACCGUACAUCCAUACCAUAGACAAAAACAAAAAACAGCCCUCCUCUCCCGUCUGUCUAAGUAUGGGUGCGUGGGGCCUCCUCUCGUGUGGUGGCGGUGGGUGGUGGGUGGGGUACUGCUCGUCGCCCACGCCUCGUCGGCCGGAGAGGGCAUGGACGGGGCUGCACGGGACGACGUGUCACUCGGGGGUAUUGGUGGGGGCCGGUGCGAACCCAGGCAUGCCCGCUGCAGAGGCUGCUGGUGGUGCGGGUGGUGCGAAUGCGGGUGCAGCCGCUCCCUGUGGUGCUGGCGGGGUCGGUGAAGGGAAGAGCAUGGCCGGCGGUCCUUAGCCCCCUCCCCUGAGCGACGAAGCCCUCGGCAGCGGGGCGCUCGCCUCCGAUGACUGUUGCUGUUGUGCGGGUGGCAGUUGGAUGAUGCUGGCCUCCCUGGGCACCUCACGCGGCGACACCGAGGGGCAGCUCGACCGGCCUGACACACACGAGAGAAACAAGCGGCAGAGAGACGGUUCAUGGGAUGGCGGUCUGGAUGAGUGUGCGUGUCUGUGUCUGACUUACUCAAAGUUUUCUUGCUGUGGGUCCAGUGUGGGAUGGGUAGUUGUUUGGGGAGCUCCUCUCGGGGCUGCUCCACCUGCACCUGAGCCGACAGGGGCUGCUCCUCCAUGCCGGAGGAUGGCGGGGCCGGCGCGACAGCUCCCUCAGCCACCUCCUUGCCCUCCUGGAUGAGGAUUUGCUCCUGCUGCUGCGCCGCCUUCUCCUGCUUCUUGUGUGUGAGUGUGCGGAGGAACUUCUGGUCUGCGGCCUGCACAGCGCGGUACUUGUCGCCCUGCUUGAGGAGGGAGUAGAGGGCGACCUUGAGGGAGGCGAUGGUGUCAGAGCGGGGCCGUAUCUUGUGGAGGAUCUUGGGGCUCCGGUGGCCCCGCACCAACACGUCCUGCUUCAGCUGGUCCUCCUGCCACACCACACCCAGCUGGUUCUCGCGAGAGAGGUGGUGGGAGGAGGUGACGGUGACGUCGAACCGACGCCGGGGGGACCCAUCGUCGUCCUCCUCGCGGGCGCACUUGCUCAGCAACAGCGGGUCCAACAUGCGCACCGCACCUCCCUGAUCGACACGAAAGACAAAGGAGGGAGAAGCUUGUUUGUGUGCUGUGUUCGUUUCCCCAUCGCUGUGUGGUGUGCGUACCGUCCUGGCUCUCGUCGGCGCUUUCGUCGCCUCGUUGGCGGCGUCCUUAUUGCUACCCUGCCCCACACAAACGCUGCAUACACAGACACAGACCGGCACCCAUCAGAUCAGCUCGUCAUUGUCCCGUCUCGCCCUCCCUCCCUCCCACGUGUGCCUUACGUGUCCGUCUGGUUGAAUUCUCGUCAUCGCUAUAAUCCUUGAUCUCGAUGCGCAUGUCCCCUGCACCCCCUCGCUGCCCGCGCGCGCCCCUUUGUCCCUUCCACGCAUCGCUACGGCACGCCCUUAACGCCAGAGGCUCAGAGGGAUGGUACUCGGCCGGCAGAGAGACAGAUGGGGGCUUGGCGUCCUUCAACCAAGACGAAGACGCCGCCGCUGCGGCAGCGGCCUGCUCACAUGAGCCUGAGGAAGGAAAUGACACAAAAUCGGGAUGCGAAUACAUUCACUUAUCAUGUGUGUCUCCUUGUCGCCUCUCUCACCGGCAGCAGCAGCAGCAGGAGCGUCUUUGUCCUCCUUGCGCGGCUUGUCCCCUCCCCGUUCCUUGGCGCUGCCAGCACUCCUGGUCUUCUUGGACGCACGGCCGUCCAACCCGCUGCACGACGGGACCCCGCCCUCCCCACUUGGCUCGACGCCCUCAGCCUGUGGUUUGGGGGGUGCGGUGGGCGGUGACUGGGAGAGUGACGGCUCGUGUGGUUGUUUGGCGGCCUCAUUCUUCUUCCCGCCCUUCUUUCCCUUGCCCUCAGGGAUGAAGCGCUGCAAUGGUCGUCGGCGUCGAAGUCGGGGCUCCAUGUGGGGAUGGGAUGAUGGGCCAGCUGUUGUCGUCGCCCUUGGAGAAGAACCAGUGGUCGGUCUUCUCACAGUACGACCACCUGCAGCACCCACACCACACAACACACACCACGAGACGAGAGCCAGCAUUCACCCAUGUGUGUGUCGGCUGUGCAGUGCAUAUCCCAUCAGGACUGUCUCUGCUGCCCACCUGAGCUGCUCUCCCUCCUUGAUGGUUUUGACGGGCGUGAUGGCACAGCAGUAGUCCCCAUGCACGCUACCCGCCACCUCGACCGGCAAUACAGGUGUCUGGGCACCCACACCCUCGCGCAGUUGGCCCUGGGCACCCACUCGGGCGCGGCGCACUGGUGUCGAUGGUGUCGUGGUUGAUGGACACUGCAGGCAGCCAGAUGCGAGCAGAUGCUGUCGCCGAAUAGCACCGGUUUGGCCUCCGCCCUCGCCCCGGCGGCUUUGUCCUGCCUGUUCUGCUCCUCCUGGCCGAAUGUGGGCUUGUGUGACGGCUUGCUGGAGCCGUCGCGGUGUCCGGACCCGUUCGACACGAGGCUGAGGUGUCCAGGCCAGUCGACGUUGGCGAUCUCGGCGCUGCAUGGGAUGGACAUGCUGAAGCACUUGUCCCGCUCGGCCUCGAGGUCCGACUCGAGCUGGAUCUUGCCCCCAUAGGGCAGCAGGAGGCCCUGGAGCAUCCUGCUGCGGAUGUCCUCGGUGUACUGGGCCGACCUGCUGUUGGGGACGGACGGGCCAGCCCAGGAGUCCCGCCGCGCGACGAUCUUCUUCUCCUUGCUUGGACGGUGUGAGGGGGGGGAGGGCCGGGUGCCCGGCUCCAGCUGCCAGAUGUGGCCGUGCAGUGCAUGCGCUGGUAGUUCCAGCUGAAGAUCUGCUCGUCGGUCUCGAGACGCACGGCGCGGUAGGACGGCAGCAGAAGCGGUCCAGCAGGAAGAAGAGGGACAGGUAGGCCUCCGCCUGGGUGCGCAGCAAAAUGGUCGACUUGAACAGGACAUGGU